UUUUCGCCAUUCUUUGUUGCGAGCUUGUGUUUCUAUCUAUCGCUGGCCUCUUUGGUAGUAUUUUCAAUCUUCAAAAGGUUUAGGGUUUUACGAUUUCUGAAUCUCAACGACGUUUUGGCGCUUAGAAUGGAAGAAGAACAAUCUGUGAACGGCACGAUGUCUGGGUCCAAAACGACGCAGGAGUUGGCGAUGGAAGGGCAGGAGUACUUGGAAGAAACCAUAGAGAACGCUUUCCAGAUCCUCUCUUCCAUGAACGACGAGCUCUGCAACCCCGUUUUAUGGUCUACCUCUCCCUCCACCUCCCCCAAUGCCGACGCCACUUCCGACAACUCCAACCACCACGCCGACGCCAGUGCCGCCUCUGCCGCCGCCGGAGGCGCCCUCGAAGAGGCCCGCGCCCGAUACAAGAAGGCCGUCACCGCGCUUCGCACCAUUCUCACUGCCAUUCCUACCUCCCAGAAGGAAAAAACAUUUGAUGCCGGUUCAGCUGCUAGCCCUGCAGAUGAAGCUGAAAUCGAUAAGUUGGAGGAGCGAGCCUCAUCUCUAAGAAGGGAGCUUGCCAACAAGAACUUGCACUUGAAGACACUCAUAGAUCAAUUGCGUGAUCUUAUCACUGAUAUAUCAACAUGGCAGAGUCCUUUUUCAACCUGAAGUUUUGGACGAGUACUUAAAUUUGUAGAGUGGUACCAAAAAACGGAAAACGGAUGCAGAGUACAGUAAAUGGUAAUAAUGCUUGAUAUUUUCCGCAUGAAGUUGCAUCAGUUGAUCUCAACACAUUCCCAUCCUAUGGUUUCAGAGAUGUCUCUAAUGAUGAGAGGUUGUAAUGGACUUGUAUUUUGUAGAUCUUUCACAUAAAUUUUAUAAAAUAGCAGCCUGCCAAUCUUUAACAACAAUUUGAUGGAAUCAUUGAUUUGGUCGUCAGAAAUUGUAACAAAUAGUUUUCUUUUGAAGUUUAGAGAAGGGUGCCUGUAUUUGGUCUGAAGAUGAAAAUAGAUCUUGUUCACCUAUUUUUGUUUAUAGCUUGCUGCUUAGCCGAAUACUCUGUAUUAUUUUAUGUUUCAGAUCUAUGUAUUUGGUUGAGGAAUAUUUGGAAUGGAAUUGGAAGGUGGUUACAAUGGAAA